AUGUCGCUGGUCCCAGAUUAUCAAUCUGAAAGUGAUUCAGAGCCUGAUGGAACCUUAGCUUUGGUUCAGACUUCUACGGUAAGCGUUGUUGGCGCGUCUACAGGCCAAACAGCUCUAGCGACUUUACAAGAGUAUCGCAAAACACAAAAGACAUACAACAAACCUGCGGGUCCUGCAAACCCGUUUGAUCCUCUGGGUCCAGAUCGGGUGCGCAAAAAUAUCAUUACUGGACGGAUGGACAAGGAGGUGUUUGAUAAUGCGACAUUUGAAGAUAAUUACCGGAUGUUUCGACGGUUUGGGGAAACAACUGGACCUAGCGAGGCCGCCGAAAUGGAUGAUUUAGAAGUUGAAAAAAAGAGAAAGGCUCAAAGAGAAGAAGAAAAAACGGUGGCGAAAAAACUGAAGAGUGGAAGACAUGGGAGGGGAGAUUCUAGUGUGCUUGAUGGAGAAGGAGCAUAUAAAGGACCCUGGGCAAGUUACGGUAAAGAAGAGCCAAGCUCAUCUUCAUCAUCUUCAUCCUUUGAAUACACAUCAGAAGAAGGUGAAGAUGAAGACGAUGAAAAAGAACAAAUGGAAAUGGUAGCACCUGCUAUGGUUGCAGCAGUGCCGAAACCUACAAUACCCGCAGGUCCUAAGGAAUGGACCGAGUUUGUUGGUACUCAGGAAUAUGAUUACCUUGGACGGACGUAUAUGCACGUUCCGCAAGACCUAGAAGUGAAUUUACGGAAAGAGCCUGGGUCACAAGAAACGUUUGUACCUAAACGUAAGAUUCAUACAUGGGCUGGCCAUAGUGGUGGUGUUAAUGCUUUAAGAUUUUUCCCAUAUUCUGGACACUUGCUACUUUCGUGUGGCAACGAUACAGCCAUCAAAUUGUGGGACUGUCACCGAAACAAUCGUGAGCAAUUACGGGUAUACCAUGGCCAUGCUAAAGCAGUCAAGGACGUGGCAUUCAAUGGUGUGCGUGGCCAGCUAGGAGGCGGGACCCAGUUUCUAAGUGCUUCCUACGAUAAAACAAUUAAACUGUGGGACACAGAAACAGGAAAAGUGAUUCAACGGUACACUGACUUGGGCCGUAAAUCGUCAGGUGCUCGUGCGGCUCGGGCAAUGGCAAACUGUGUCAAGUUUAGUCCGGAGGCAGACAAACAAGCUGAAUUUCUUUCAGGUAUGUCGGACAAUACAAUUCUACAAUGGGACACACGUCUGCCGCCAGCUGAUGCUGUAGUUCAAACUUAUGACCAUCACCUGGGGCCUGUAAAUAGCAUCACGUUUGUGGAUGAGGAUCGGCGGUUCAUGACGACCUCGGAUGAUAAGAGUGUGCGAGUAUGGGAUUGGCAAAUCAAUGUUCCCAUCAAGUUUAUUGCUGAUCCCACGCAACAUGCAAUGCCCACAGUUGCAUUACAUCCUUCAGGGAAGUUUGUUGCUGCGCAGAGUAUGGAUAAUAGAGUACUUGUAUUUGGUGCAUUGGAUAAGUCCAAGUUCCGUCAAAAUAGACGUAAGGAAUUCCAUGGCCAUGCUUGUGCUGGGUAUCCUAUUCAGGUUGCAUUUUCACCAGAUGGUAAAUACCUAAUGUCGGGUGAUGCUCAUGGUUAUGCAUUUUUCUGGGAUUGGAAAACAUGUGCACUUAAGGCCAAACUUCAAGUGAGUGGUGGUUCCGGCGGGACCAGUGAGGGGUCUGUAGUAACGUGCAUUGCAGCUCACCCGCAGGAGAGUUCUAAGGUGGCAGUUGCAGGAAAAGAUUCGGUGAUUACCUAUUGGGAUUAA